GGCGCGGUCACGUGCUCCUCGCGUAGAAUCCUCCAGAUCAAAGAUGGCGGCGUACAUGCGAGUGUGGAGCUCGUACAGUCCAGCGUCCAGAAGCGCCUCCUCAGCCAUGAUCAGAGCCGGCUUAGACGCACUCUUCCCGCGCUCCUACUCCAGCAUCUCCAGCAGGGCGUCCUCACGCAGCGCCAGGACCGCAGCAUCCGUGCUGACUGACAGCUGGAGUCGGGUCACAGCGGCGGGCUCCGCGGGCUCCGGCUGUCAGCGGCGCUUUCUCUUCGGGAGCAAGGGCAGCGGGUUUUCCGGAGAGGACGGAGGCGAGAGCAGCGCGGGGUCCGCCGGAGAUGAGGAGUCUGGAGGUGAUGAAGGUCCCUACACUCCUCCUCCUCCUCAGAUGACAGCGCUCACCCCGAUGCUAGUCCCCGAGCUCUUCCCGAACGUGCCGCUCGUCGCGGUCAACAGAAACCCGGUGUUCCCGAGAUUCAUCAAAAUCAUCGAGGUGACCGAGGCUCAUGACGGACCUUAUUCUUCAGAGAAACGAGCGCGCCGCCAUCUUUACAAUGUUGUCUUUGAGCUUCCGUUUGCUCUAAUCCGCAUUAAUAAGCAGCUGGACGUGGAGCCGGAGGAGCCGGUGUCACUGCAGGAGGAGGGCGAGCAGCCGAAAGCUGAGCGGCGGAAGCAGAAGCGAUCGCGCAAGGACUCGGCUUCGCCGCCGGAGCCAAUGGAGGAGAAGGUGCGGGAGGCCCAGUUUGUGGUGGAGGCGCUUCCUCUGCCCGGCGUCCUCUUGGUGGAGGUGGACAACGUGGUCCACGAGGAGUUCCAGGUCACAGAAGAGGUCAAGGCCCUGACUGCUGAAAUCGUCAAGACUAUCCGUGACAUUAUCGCUCUGAAUCCACUGUACAGAGAGUCAGUGCUCCAGAUGAUGCAGGCGGGUCAGAGAGUGGUGGAUAAUCCCAUCUACCUGAGCGACAUGGGGGCGGCGCUGACUGGGGCCGAAUCGCACGAGCUACAGGAAGUCCUGGAGGAAACAAACAUUCCCAAACGACUCUACAAAGCCCUUUCUCUGCUGAAGAAAGAAUACGAGCUGAGUAAACUACAGCAGCGACUCGGCAGGGAGGUUGAAGAGAAGAUCAAGCAGACGCACAGGAAGUACCUCCUUCAGGAGCAGCUGAAGAUCAUUAAGAAGGAGCUCGGCCUGGAGAAGGAGGACAAAGACGCCAUCGAGGAGAAGUUCAGGGAGAGGCUGAAGGAUCGGACCAUGCCUCAGCACAUCAUGGACGUUAUUAGCGAGGAGCUGAACAAACUGGGGCUGUUAGAUAACCACUCCUCAGAGUUCAACGUUACCCGUAACUACUUAGACUGGCUGACCUCCAUGCCUUGGGGCACCAACAGCAAGGAAAACUUAAAGUUGAGUCAGGCCAAAGAGGUUUUGGAAGAGGACCACUAUGGAAUGGAGGACGUAAAGAAACGCAUUCUGGAGUUCAUAGCCGUAAGCCAGCUGAGAGGCAGCACACAGGGAAAGAUCUUGUGUUUCUAUGGGCCUCCUGGAGUUGGAAAGACCAGUAUAGCCCGCUCAAUCGCCAGAGCACUUAAUCGCGAAUACUUCCGUUUUAGCAUGGGAGGCAUGACGGAUGUGGCGGAAAUUAAAGGCCACAGGAGAACAUAUGUUGGUGCAAUGCCAGGAAAAAUCAUCCAAUGUCUAAAGAAAACCAAGACUGAAAACCCAUUGGUCCUUAUUGACGAGGUUGACAAAAUAGGUCGAGGUUACCAGGGUGACCCAUCUUCUGCACUACUUGAGCUUUUAGAUCCAGAACAGAACGCUAACUUUCUUGACCACUACCUGGAUGUGCCCGUGGACCUUUCUAAGGUGCUUUUCAUUUGUACGGCCAAUGUUCUCGAUACCAUUCCUGAACCCUUAAGAGACCGAAUGGAAAUGAUCAACGUAUCAGGUUACGUUGCUCAGGAGAAAUUGGCCAUUGCGGAGAGAUACUUGGUACCCCAGUUGCGAACUCUAUGUGGUUUGGAUGAACAGAAGGCAAAAAUCACCCCCGAGGCUCUGAGCGUCCUCAUCAGACAGUACUGCCGGGAGAGCGGUGUCAGGAACCUUCAGAAGCAAGUCGAGAAGGUGUUCCGGAAAGUAGCGUUCCGGAUUGUCAACGGCGAGGAAACAGAGGUCAACGUCACCCAGGAGAACCUUCAGGAUUACGUCGGGAAGCCCAUCUUCACUGUGGACCGAAUGUAUGACGUCACACCGCCGGGAGUUGUCAUGGGACUGGCAUGGACAGCAAUGGGUGGCUCGACACUCUUCAUCGAGACAUCUCUGAGGCGACCGAGAGAACCUCAAGGGAAAAAUGGAGCCAAAGAGGGAUCACUGGAGGUCACGGGGCAGCUGGGAGACGUGAUGAAGGAAAGCGCCAAGAUUGCGUACACGUUUGCGCGCUCAUUCCUCAUGAAGGAGCAACCUGACAACGAUUUCCUCGUGGGCUCCCACAUACACCUCCAUGUGCCUGAGGGUGCAACUCCCAAAGACGGGCCGAGUGCCGGAUGCACUAUUGUGACUGCUUUGCAGUCCUUGGCCACUAACAAACAAGCGCGCCAGAACGUGGCCAUGACGGGGGAAGUGUCCCUGACCGGGAAGAUCCUGCCUGUUGGAGGAAUCAAGGAAAAGACCAUCGCUGCGAAGAGAGCUGGUGUAACCUGCAUCAUCCUGCCUGCAGAAAACAGAAAGGACUUUUCAGACCUGUCCGAGUACAUCACCGAAGGGCUGGAAGUGCAUUUCGUGGAAAACUACAGCGAGAUCUACAAAAUCGUGUUCUCUGGACAAUAAUGCGUAGUGCUGUUUUAUCUUUCGGUACGCCGCAAUUCUGAGUCCUCCGCGUCAGGAAAUCACGAGCACACAGAACCAGGUUAAUCCCUUCUGUCCUUGUGAGUUUGUAUCCCACAGAAGUAGCACGUAAAAUGCCACGCGUCGUUGCUUCUCGAUUCGUGGGACGUGGAUCAGAAAGUCGUCAAGAUUCCUGAAACCUUUGCGACUCUGGGAUCCCGAGAUUGCUGCUACGCAGCCUCCAGUGAAGGUUUUAUAUUCACAUCAUGUUUCGUUUCAUCUCUAGUGUCAUAUUUGUAAAUA